UUGAAAAUUACAUUGAACACUAAUUUUAAGUACCCCGCCAUGCAUUUCAACAUCCCAUGGUAGAGGGCAUUUCUUGAACUUGUCAGUGUUUUUAGUACCAUGCGAUGAACAUGCUUUUACAUUAUGCCUUAUUCCAUCUCUUUUUGUUACUUCCACUGGCACCGGCAGCACCACCGAACACCACCGACGUCACUACUAAUAGCCACUCUAUCGCCGCCGGUGCCACCAUCACAAAACCUGGUUGCCCAAGCAAGUGUGGAACUGUAACUGUUCCAUACCCAUUCGGCGUUGGUGUGGGCUCAGGCUGUUCCAUAGCUUCAUGGUUCGAUGUCAACUGCAGCACUUCAUUCGAUGAUCCUCCGAAGGCCUUUAUCGGCACCGGAAACCUCCAGAUUCUUGACAUCUCCGACAGCGAAAUACGAGUCAAGAGUUGGGUGGCUGCAAGUUGCUACGACCAGUUCGGUACGUUGACCCGCCAGAACAUGGCCAACAUUGAUUUAAAACCCUCGUCACCUUACACCUUUUCGGAUUCCAAUAAGUUUACAAUUGUGGGCUGCGAUGAAUUAGCAUUGAUAGCCGGAUCAGAAGGCCGGAAUUUCACCAGUGGAUGCGUGUCUCUUUGCUCGAGCAGCGAGGAUUUAAUCGAGGGGGAGUGUUCGGGAAUUGGUUGUUGCCAGACAGCAAUUCCGAGGGGUUUAAAGAAGUUUAAUUCUAACCUCCUAAGUCUCAAUAAUCACACAAAUAUUACGUCUUUUAAUCCUUGUGGAUAUGCCUUUCUUGGAGAUCAUAAUAGUUAUAUCUUCCAUAAAUCAGACCUUUUGGAUCAAACUUUUCAAAAUAGGACUAUUGAAAAUGUUCCAGUAGUGAUUAAUUGGGCAAUUGGCAAUCAGAGUUGCACAGUUGCUCGGCAAUCAAAUGAUUACGCUUGUCUUGGGAAUAGUACCUGUGUUGAUUCUGAUACUGGUCUUGGGGGAUACCGGUGUAGCUGUUUACAAGGAUACGAGGGAAAUCCUUAUCUUAGUCCCGGCUGUACAGAUGUUAAUGAAUGUGAGAAUAAUCCUUGUGAUGAACACGGGAUUUGUACAAAUACUCCAGGCAGUUAUAAUUGUUCUUGUGUGGAUGGAUACUUGGGGGAUGGCAGAAAAGAAGGACGCAGUUGCAUCGCUCAGAACUCUCAGUUUCCAGUGAUUAAACUUGCAUUAGGUAUGGGUUUUGGCUUCUUGGCCACAAUCAUUGCUGUUACUUGGCUAUAUUUUAUCAUUAAAAAAAGGAAGCUUAUUAAACUACGAGAGAAAUUCUUCCAGCAAAAUGGUGGGGUGCUGUUGAAGCAGCAAAUCUCUGCAAAUGAGGGUAGUAUGAACUCAGUCAAGAUUUUUACUGCAGAAGAACUCGAAAAGGCCACCAACAAUUAUGCAGAAGAGCGCAUCCUUGGUCGAGGUGGUUAUGGUACGGUUUAUAAGGGACUUUUGAGUGAUCACCAAAUUGUUGCAAUCAAGAAGUCGAGAGUAAUGGAUCAGACUCAAAUCGAGCAAUUUAUCAAUGAGGUGAUUAUUUUGACACAAGUAAACCAUCGAAAUGUGGUGAAAAUCUUGGGAUGUUGUUUGGAAACGGAGGUUCCUAUGCUCGUAUAUGAGUAUGUUUCGAAUGGUACACUCUUUCAUCAUAUACAUAAUAGUGCUGGAAUGCCUUGGUUCUCAUGGGAGAAUCGUCUGAGAAUCGCAUCAGAGGCUGCAGGUGCAUUGUCCUAUCUGCAUUCGGCUGCUGCAAAGCCUAUUAUCCAUAGAGACGUAAAAUCUCCCAACAUACUAUUGGACGAGUAUUAUACUGCAAAAAUUUCUGAUUUUGGAGCAUCUAGAUUGGUGCCUAUAGAUCAAACACAAGUGACGACUCUAGUCCAAGGAACUUUAGGAUAUUUGGACCCCGAGUACUUCCACACGAGCCAAUUGACAGAAAAAAGUGAUGUUUAUAGCUUUGGGGUAGUUCUUGCUGAGCUUAUGACAGGUAGAAAACCACUGUCUAAUACAAAAAUCGAUGAGGAAAAGAGCCUUGCUACUUUUUUUGUCAUGUCAUUAAAGGAGAACCGCCUUUUCCAAAUUCUCGAGCCUCGUGUGCUUAGAGAAGGGAGUUUAGAGCAACUCCGUGCUCUUGGCGAACUUGUAAGAAGAUGUUUAAGGUUACAUGGUAACGAAAGACCAACUAUGAAAGAAGUGGCUAUGGAACUUGAAGGAUUGAGGAAAUUUACAAAACAUCCAUGGGCUCAACAAGAAAACCAGGAAGAAUCUGCAGGCUUGAUGGUUGAACAAUCAGAUCUCUACACUGUCACAAUUAAUCCUGAUCAUGCUACAGGGGAUUCUACGUCGGGACUGUACAGCUUGGACAGUCGUAUGAUCUACCCGGUUCACAGUCCUCGCUAAGUAAGUUCGGUUUUCCAUAUGUUUUCCACCCUGGUGAAUAAAAUGUAUUUCUUUAAUAAUUCUACUGUACUCCUCUUCUCCAUGUGGCGGGGAAAGUUGACUUUAUUUGCACCUUGAGUUGGAGGUUCAAGUCAAGCUCCUUCUUAAACCUCACCUCCAUUUCCUUUUGUUCUAGAAUAAUAUUCCUCAAUUAGGGGAAUUUGACAGGGCUGGAGUGACAGGUGAGGUGGCAUCUCAUCCUGUUUUUUUUUUUUUUAAACAGUCCAAUUACACGCAUUCUCCUAUUUAUGAGUAUGUCAUUGAUUCCUGUAA